GUAACACUAGGCUUAACAAGAUAAUACACUAAAGUAGAUGCGAAUCAAGCAUGGCAAACCUUUCUCCCCGGAAAGUUGUGAGAGCAAAGCGAAUUCUACCAAACUCACAACCAGAGAGCCCCCUCUUAAAGUCGGUCACGUUCAAUGAUGAAAUAAUUGAAACAUCCAUUGGUGGCACACAGCGGGUGGGUAAAAUCAAAAGAGAUGUUCUUCUACAUUUUGAUACUCCAGUGACCAUUAGCAGCAUCUCAUCAAAGUUAUCAAAUAAAAAUAGAAGCAGUGGCUCGACCACGGGCACACCGUUAAGUAACGGGAAAUCUAGUGCGUUAACACCUGGUGGUAACGGUAAAGAAAACAAGCAAGAAACUCAGUCUCAAAGAUCCAGCACUGAAAUACAUACUGAGAAUACUUUGACUAUAUCUUCAGAUUCAAAUAAUAGUAACAGUAAUACUGUUUCAAUAAAAAUAUGCAAGGAAGAUUCCCGACCAUCAAUUACACCCCAGACUCCAGUGAAAAAUGAUAACUCAAAUGUCAAGGGUGAAAGUUUGAAGGUGUCAUUCGAUAUCACUAGUAACAAAAAGGUGUCGUCUUCGUCUGUAGAGCUCAUAGAAUCUGUUUCCCAAAGUCCAUUCCGCACACCAGACAAUAGACAAGCACGCAGGCACACCCUGGAAAGCAAGUUGUAUGCUACCCCAGACUGCUACAGGGAUGUCAACUUCGGAACCCCGAGACGUAUGCUACCUACUAUAACAGAUCACGAUGAGUCCACUGAUGCAGUUGAAGAUGGACAAGACAGCUGCAGUAUCAUGGUGGCUGUUAGAGUAAGGCCAUUCAAUCAAAGAGAACUGGCAGACUCCAAUGCAAGAUGUGCUGUCUCCAUGCAAGGAAAUGAAACAACUGUAACAUCAGAUAAUGGUGCCAAACAUCAGUUUGCCUAUGACUUUUCAUUCUGGUCACAUGACAACUCUUCCUCUGAUUUCUGCGAUCAGGAAAAUGUUUAUUCCCGACUUGCGCAGCCUCUAUUAGGUAAAGCUUUUGAAGGCUACAACACCUGUCUCUUUGCCUAUGGUCAAACAGGAAGUGGUAAAAGUUACAGUAUAAUGGGACACACAAAUGAUGUAGGAAUCAUCCCAAGAUUUUGUGCUGACUUAUUUUCUAGAGCUGAAAAUUUGACAAGAAAGAAACAGGUGAAGGUGAAUGUUGAGAUCAGCUUCUUUGAAAUCUACAAUGAGAAGAUCCAUGACUUGCUGGCCAGCACUAAAGAGAAGGGAGCUAAAAAGGUCACUCUCAAAGUGAGAGAACACCCAGUUCUUGGCCCUUAUGUUGAAGGAUUAUCUACCUUUGUUGUCAACUCUUUUGAAGAUGUAGAGAGCUGGAUAACUCUAGGAAACAAGAACAGAGCAACUGCUGCAACAGGCAUGAAUGAUAAGAGCAGCCGUUCUCAUUCAGUAUUUACAAUUGUGCUGACACAAACCAAGACAGAACAUGUUGAAGGCCAUGACCAUGACCACAGUGUCAACAGUAAGAUUAACCUUGUUGACCUAGCAGGAAGUGAAAGACAGUCCCUGGCUAAUACUACAGGAGAGAGACUGCGAGAAGGGGCAAAUAUUAAUAAAUCUCUAUUGACAUUGGGUAAAGUUAUUGCCCUUCUGUCUGAGAGGUCCCAAGUUAGCAAGAAGAGGAAAAUAUUCAUCCCUUAUAGAGACUCUGUACUUACAUGGCUUCUAAAAGAGUCACUAGGUGGCAAUUCUAAAACAGCCAUGAUAGCAACAGUUUCCCCAUCUAAUGCUCACAUUGAAGAAACACUGAGUACUUUACGAUAUGCACAGCAAGCUCGAUCUAUUGUAAAUAUUGUCAGAAUUAAUGAAGAUCCUAAGGCUAAGAUUAUCAGACAGCUUCGUGCAGAAAUUGAUCGGCUUAGAGCAGAGCAAGGAGGCACCAUGAAUGAAGAAGCUUUGGCUGUGAGUUUAGCUGAGAUCGCUCGCCUGAAGGCAGAGAUGGAGGAUUUGAGUCGAUCUUGGCAGGAGCGUCUUAAACAGGCCGAGGCCAAGAAGGCUGAGGAGCUGCAGCAGAUGGAGAGCACUGGAAUUACAUUCAAAAUUGACAACACCCUCCCAAACCUGGUGAACUUGAAUGAAGACCCCCAGCUGUCUGAAAUGUUGCUGUAUGUUAUCAAAGAAGGGGAGACAAGAGUGGGGAGGAAGAUUGAUGAGUCCAAGCAUGACAUAAAGCUGAUUGGAGCUUUGAUAGCAGACAAUCAUUGUGUUAUCAAUAGCAAAAAGGGAAUAGUGGAAAUCAAACCAAUUGGUGAUGCUCCCACUUAUGUUAAUGGAAAUCUAAUCUCUGAGAAAACUAUGCUUUAUCAUGGUGACAGAGUAAUUUUAGGUGGCGACCAUUAUUUCAGGUUCAAUCAUCCCAUGCAAGUGCAAAAAAACAAAAGUGGUGAUAUACGUCACUCAGAUGUUGUUAAAGAUUAUGAAUUUGCCAAGCAAGAACUGCACAAAGUGCAGGAGGCGAGGUUACAAGCUCUUUUGGAAGUGGAGUUAGAAAAAACUAGGCAAGAACUCAACCAACAGAAAAAUGGAUAUGAGAAUAAAUUAAAGGGGUUGGAAAAAGAAUUGACCCAAGCAGAGUUGUCACAGAAAGAGGCACAAAGUACCAUAAAAAAUCUCAAACAACAAAAUAUGAUCCUGGAAGAGGAAGUAAAUGCAGGUAGAAACCGAAAAAAAUAUGAGGACAAGUCUGAUAUAGUGGCGCCUUGUCCGAGCAAUGCUAUACUAGAGAAGGUACUAGCACAGGGUGAGGCGGAGAGUAAAAAAAUAAUAGCACAGCUUGAGAAGCUGAGACAAUGGAAAACAGAAAGCAAGUCCCUGACAAAGAAGCUGCGGGGUGCUGCACAAGACCAGCCUGGGCUGUUGGGGAGUCCAGGGACACGGAGAGAUCUCUACAAGGUGGAGCUGCUGCUUAGAGAGGCCAACAAGAUAAACCAUGACUUGAAGACUAAUCUGGUCUUUACAAGAGAUGACCACACUACAGAGGAUGGAAGUGGCUCUGUGACAACCCUUAUUCGUGUGGUCAACGCUCACCACAGAAUGUACACCUUGUGGUCUGUGCCAAAGUUUGAAGAGAAGCUGGUUCAGAUGAGAGAUUUGUACCAGAAUGAAGGGGAGAAGCCUGCUGAUGAUGAGGUGUUCACUGACCCAGAUGAUGUUUGGGAGAAAGAUUUAUCACUCAGCUCUCCAGCUGUCAAUCUCAAUAGAGAUGCAGAUGUUUUAAAACAAAGUGUGCUGUGUCGUACUCCCUUGUCUGGAUUAAGAAGAGUGGGCUCGUUCAACAUGUACAGCCCCAGGUCCUGUCAAGAUGUUGACAUCUCCAUGGUGAGGGCUUGUAAGAAUUUGUUGUCCUCCAUUGGAGACCAACUCACAGCUCGAAGUUUUGAAGAAACUGUUGUUGACAAAGUGUUGUCCACUUGUUACAGAAUCAAAGAAUCUUUAAUAAGUGUGAUAGGAACUGACAAGAAGACUUCUUCUAGCACAAUGGACACUGGCUGGUCCCGCCCCAUGCUUCAACUGGUGACUGAUGUGUAUCUGCUGGCCUCACACACUACCCUGUGGCCAAGUAUAUGUGGUGACCUGGGCUCUAGUUUACUGCUGGACCUCGUGGACAGAUCAACAGAACAGGUCAAAACUAUAGGGCUGCUUGCUACUUCACUGCUGCAGGGCUGUGAAGGUAAACUAACAAGUUUGGUGUCAGAGAGUGGACACAAGCUGACCACGGCACUGUUGUCUUUUUGUGUCACAAGUGGUGAGCUGGCCAUGGCCACUAACUCACAGGUCAUUCAGCUUGACCAACAAGCCAUGGAUAGUGAACAACUCAAGAUAAGCUCAGAGAUCAACCAACAGUUUUUAAGUGGCUGCAACAGUUUUGUCAACCUUGCGUUAGAAGGUGGUCUAGGCUCCCUCACCAAGUGUGAGACCAGGUGCUCGGCCUGGUCAGACUCUGACAAAAUUAGUUCCUGCAACAUGUCCCAGAGAGUAAAGCAUGUCUUAUCCUGUGUGCGUGCCCUGGUUGAGAAAACCUUGCUUGUCCAGCAACAGAUUGCCAUGGACGAGGGACUGACCAGUGGGACCAGGCCUCCCCAGUACUACAGUGCCAACUACAAACGUCUGCAGGGAAUUGUGUCUAGCGUGUCGUCUGUGGUAGACUCCAGCACACUCUUAGUUGAGCUAGCAGAGUCCCUAGUUCAUGUCAAAGUUCAGAAUGGAAAACGUUUAGAGAAAGUUGUUGACAUAAUUCGUCAGAGCUGUCACAACCUCCUGGCGGUCUCCUCGCUGACCUACACCAUACCCCCAGCCUUCAUGUCAAGCAUAUCUCAGCCCUUGAAGGAGUCCAGCCUCACCUCUACCCUGUCUACCUCAUCGUCCACCACCUCUCAGUCCUCGGUUUCAUCAGACCCCUCCCAGAGUGACCUGUCGUCCACGGCAUCCCAAAAUGUCGACAACUCCACCAACAUAUCCGACCUGACUGACGUCACCCUGCUGUCAGAAUCCCAGCUUGGACAGCUGGACUCUGCUGCCCAGGAGGUUUCCAUGGCGAUGGCUUUAUUUACAGAAUACCUAAACAAAACCUGGAGCCAGGAGGCAGCGACCCCUCACUCAAAGCGAUCCCAGUCUCUGGAAAAAAUGGUGGUUACCCCAGCUUUGAGCACUGCGCACAUGAGUAAGUUGAAUUCAAAGAGAAUAUUAAAGCUUGCUGAAUCACAAAAAUAGUACUUACUGCCAGAUCAGUUUGUAGUUUAUGGACAAUUUUUAAUUAUUAGUUUGCUACCGGUAAUUCCUGUACGAAAGCAAAUGUUUUAGCACAUAUAUUUAUAGAGGGA